UUCAUGCAGUAUCAUCUAAUAUCACGUUUUCUGUAAUGAUUAACGUGCACAUAACUAAUGUAAAGUAAUGGAUGUGAAAAGAGAUCGCUCCAAAAGCUUCAGCAAUAAGAAUGAGAUUUUUUAUAUUGGAGACCAAUUAAGGACACGAAUUAACUUUUCGAAUUUACUGAAAGACAGAAAAUAUCACUUCAAAACGUAUAAAAAUUGUUUCGUUGGUAAGGAAGUUGUAUCCUGGCUAGUAGACUGUAAACUAUGUGAUUCCCGAUCGUCAGCCGUUACAGCACUGAGAACUCUACAAGACCACCAUAUUCUCCACCACGUAUGUGAUGACCAUCUUUUCAAGGACGACAUGUUAUUCUACAGAUUCAGAAUAGAUGAUGGAACACAUAAAAUGGAUAUGGAUCUCAAAAUGUUUCAUAAAGGCCAACAAAUAUAUAGACUAGCUACGUCUAAAAAGAAAGGCAUAAUCCGUGAUUAUCAGUUAAAUGCUCAAGUAUACAAAGACGCUUUUAUUGGGUCCGCGUUUGUGGACUGGUUAACCAAUCAAGAACAUAUUGGAAUUGAAGACGCAGUUGAUUUAGGCAGAAAAUUGUUGGACUAUAAUAUCAUAAAGCAUGUUACAGACGAUCAUCAUUUUAAACACGACAACUGUUUACUUUAUCAGUUUGAAUUUGACUUUGACCAAAAAUUUACUUUUAACAAUGUGUUUAAGUUUUCUUUGCCGACACAUUCGAGGAACUUUUCAGAUUCGUCACUUAUUGUGAAAGACUUUAACCGAAAAAGAUCGGCUAGUAGUGAAAAAUCUCAUUCAUCGGUAGAUUCACAUGACGAAUUUGAUCCAAACAGGCGAUUCUCAGAUUCGUACACAUGUUCCAUCCAUGAUAAAAUUAGUGUAACGUCGUCAGAUAAUGAAAGCGUUGACGGUUCAGAAUCAAUUGACGGUGACAGUUCAUUAACGUCGCCAAAGUCAGUUUUACUGAGACAUGCAACAGUAGCUGAAUUAGUGUCACCUGAGACUCCAUAUAUCAAAAGAUCAUUAAGGAUCACAAGUGACUCUGUUGGGUAUGGAUUCGUUGUAAGAGGUGAUGGUCCAACUUACGUUCAAACCAUUGAUCCAUUGGGGCCUGCUGCAGCUGCGGGACUUAAGGUACGCCAGUAUAUCCACUCUGUGAAUGGAAAUAAUGUCUUGAAGUUAAAUCACAAACAAGUGGCCAAAAUGAUUAUGGACGUUGAGCAAUAUCUUACUAUAUGUAUCAUGGUGCAUAAAAGAGAUGCAGUGUUUACCGACAUCGAUUCAUUAAAAACUACUUAGACAGAAGUGAAAUAUUACAUCGUAGUAUUUACAUCAAUUUGAGUCAAUCAAAUAUCAGAUGAAAGAGAUACUAACUUGAUAAAAUUUCAUGAGUACUUAUAUUAUUCAGUAUUACUUACGAUAUUGUUUGUGGGUUGCCUUAUCAUGACAAUGUUAACUACUUUUAUUGAAAUACCUCUCCUUUCAACCAACAACAAACAAAUAAAAAAACACAGACGAGGUUGGUGCGUAAAUCCUUUGAUAAGGUGAUAAUACAAAUUUUGUUUGGUACCAGUUUUUAGUGCUCCCUCAUGGUGAUUACGUUUGUCCGUCCUGCAUUACAUAUACUGGUGAAUUGGUUCCAAUCGUUACCGGUUGUUUUGUUUAAAUUGUAUCAGAACAUAAUGACAUUUUUUGAAGAUUACUUUUUCAUCAGUACAUUUUCUUACUUAAAUUACAUCUAUUUUUUCAUUGCAAACGUCCUGAAAAUUGCAGUUGGCAAAACUAUAUUUUCCUGAUUAUAUGAUGAUCUAUGAUGGCAUUUAGAAAGAUUUCUCGUUUCUGUGUUAUUUCAGUUGUCGACAAAGUGCCAAAUGUACAAGACCAUUGAUGCAGAAAAUUUGUGUAAUGGAAAAAAUGACUAGCAUACAUUUGUUGACUGUAUGAUUGAUAUUUAAAUCGAAUUGUAAUUUGUUCAUUUGUAAUUUUUCUAAUAAGACGAUGUACAGAAACUGGCAGGUUUAUUUCCACAUUGCAUAACAAUGAUCAAAUUCAAGUCAUUCAAGAUUUGACUAGGGACGACCGUCUUCAUUAUUAAUAUAUUAAGGUUUUUUUUCUAUUCAAAGUUGUGAAAGACAAUAUGACAACAUAGUUUCUAUAGUUGUGAUUGCAAGGAAGCCACUAGAUAAAACAUAAACACACUGAUUGACUGAAUCAUGAUAUAGACGAUAUUUACUAAACUGCACGUAAAGAAAAUGGUCACGUUAGCAACAGUAGAAAUAGUUUCCGUCUAUCAGUAGGAGUUCCACAUCUUAAUAAACUCAUCAUAGUUAUCAGAUAUAAAUAGGAGUUCCACAUCUAAAUUAUACCGAAAAGUGGGAUUUUUUUAUUUCUUUUGUUUGUCCGUAUCUCCCGUGAAAUUAUCGUAUUAUGAUUAACAACAUGAACAUGAACAAGUUAGAACUUCAUGAAAUUUGGAAUCCAACUGUUUGCGAGCUUACUGUACCAUGUGAGUCAUUGCAUGUUCACUGUUCAUGGUAUUUCUGUUCAGUGUAAUGUGCAUUACAAUUUACACGAUACGAUUUCUAUGCAAAAAUGAAUUAUUUUAAUAAUCAUAGGAGUGUGAGAAUCUUAUUACUUAUCUUCGACUAAAUAUAUUUAAGUUCGCGGAAAUAAGUUCUCUUUCACGUACUUCUUGUAAAUAUUUGUUUUGUUCAACAUAGAUAUCAUUUGUCAUUGCUUCAAAUAAAACAUUUGUUAAUCAA